UCGUUUUCCAGAGUAUCAGCUGCGAAGACAUUAUAAAUACAGAGACUGUCUGCAGAGCUACAUCCAGAGUUCAGACAUCGCUGUGUGAUCAUCGAAUUGAACGGACCAUCAGACAACAUGAGCAAAUCCACAGACUGGACUCCUUCCUUGUGGCAGGACAUUUUUAAUGAAUUGCUGUGUGAUGACAAUGAGCUGGACUAUGGAGACCAGUGGACUCUUAACUUCAACUACAGCCAGACAGACGAAGUCACCAAGGAUGAGAGAAAGAGAGGCUGGAAGGUCUACUCCCACUGUGCAUAUGGACAUUUCCAGUGCGCGACCUGCAACAAGACCUGGCCUUCAGCUCGGGUGGUUGUGCUGUUCCGCUACCGGCUGCGGGGUAAUCGUGGGACAGUGAUCAUGCGGCCUUUUGGACAGUCCUGUCGCCGUUGCCGAGAUGACGACUAUGAUCUUCCUGGGUUUACCGACAAGGAGGUGGAAGAAGCCUUCAUCAGGCUGUUCCGCAAAAUCCGGAAAAAUUGUUACGGAGAUGAGGAUGACGAUGAUGACCGCUCAUCAGCAUGCUCUGCCAAAGUUUGGACUAAACCACAUGAGGCCUCACUGUGUGAGGCCUGCACCAUGGGCAUCUGUUGUCAGGAUGAUUAGAAGUGUGUGUGUGUGUGUGUGUGUGUGUGUGUGUGUGUGUGUGUGUGUGUGUGUGUGCGUGCGUGCGUGCGUGUGUGUGUGUGAUUGUGUGAUUGUGUGUGUUGUAAGUUUGGAGAGAGACCAAAAUUGAUAAUUUUUCUUCUUGUUGGCUGAGAUUCCUCAUUUGCAGUUUGCAUUUGCCUCAGUUUUCCCUAAUAUUUCUAACUUUCAAGGAAUUCUGCCUUACACACCUGUUAAUGGUUUGUAAUUCUAAUAAUGUACAAUGAUAGAAUGGCCAAUAAUAGUACUGUUCAAGUAUAUACAUUUGUAUCUCUAUUGUAUUUUCUUUUUACUACUAAUAAAGUUGUCUGAGUAAAUGAACAUAA